AUGGUGGACGAGAAGGAGGCGCGGUGCAGCCCCACACGGCUCGCCGGCGAGCCGGAGAAGCGGCGCCGCGCACCCAGCGCCGCCGCCGCCGCCGCCGCUCCAUCCUCCACCCCGGCCGCGCGCGCCUCGGCGCCGCCCGCCGCCCGCCCGCUCGCCACGCUCGCCUCGGCGCCGCGGCCGCCGACGGCCGUGCUGCUGAUGAACAUGGGCGGGCCGUCGACGCUCGACGAGGUCGGCGACUUCCUCUCGCGCCUCUUCCACGACCGCGAGCUCAUCCAGCUGCCGUUCCAAUCGCGCCUCGCGCCCCUCAUCGCCGCGCGCCGCACGCCCAAGAUCCAGAAGCAGUACGCCGCCAUCGGCGGCGGCAGCCCCAUUCUGCGCUGGACCCGCACGCAGGGCGCCGAGCUCGUGCGCCUGCUCGACGAGCUGCACCCCGCCACGGCGCCGCACAAGGCCUACGUCGCCUUCCGCUACGCGCGGCCGCUCACCGAGGAGGCGCUCGACGAGAUGGCCGCCGACGGCGUCACGCAGGCCGUCGCCUUUACGCAGUACCCGCAGUACUCGUGCAGCACGACGGGCAGCAACCUCAACGAGCUCUACCGCCAGAUCAAGAAGCGCAAGGAGGAGGGCAUGCAGGGCGCCGACAUCAAGUGGAGCGUCAUUGACCGCUGGCCCACGCACGAGGGCCUCGUCGAGGCCUUCACCGAGCGGCUGCGCGACGUGCUCAACACAUAUCCCGAGGACAUCCGGCACACGGUGCCCAUUCUCUUCUCGGCACACUCGCUGCCGAUGCAGAUUGUCUCGGGGCGUGGCGAUCCCUACCCUGCCGAAGUGGCAGCGACGGUCGCCGCCGUCAUGACGAAGCUGGGGUGGAGCAACCCGUACCGCGUGACGUGGCAGAGCCAGGUCGGCCCGAGCGCCUGGCUGGGCCCGCAGACCAGCGACUCGGUCAAGGGCUGGGCAAAGCAGGGACACAAGCACGCCGUGGCUGUGCCGAUUGCCUUCACGCAAGACCACAUCGAGACGCUGUACGAGCUUGACCAGGAGCUCGUCGAGGAAGCAGCCGAGCACGGCAUGGAGCUGCGUCGCGCCGAGUCGCUCAACGACCAGCCGCUUUUCCUGCGCGCUCUCGGCAACUGCUCCACGCAAAUGGGCCUGCGCUGCCCGGGCUGCGUGAACCCGGUCUGCGCACAGCAAAAGGCCUUCUUCAGACGCGGAGGCGGGCUCGCUGCGCUCGAGGCAGAGACGGCCUGA